AUGUCCACGGCAAUGACAAUCGAUAUAUACAAGACUGACACGCUCGAUAGUGGGCCGCCAGGUGUUGGAAAGACAAUGACUGCAGAAGGACUGUCGGAACACCUCGAAAGGCCUCUGUACACAGUCUCUGUGGGAAACUUCAGCAAAGAUGCGAAACUUCUCGAGGCGCAAUUGUGUGAGAUGUUUGAAGUUGCCGAAAAGUGGAAGGCUUUAUGUAACGCUGACUUCUAA